AUGUCGUGGAAGAGGAACUACUUUGCGUCGGGCGGUGGCAGCGGAAGUCCCGGUGGAGGGCUACAGGGCCUGAUCACGACCCCGCGGACUAUGGCCUCCUUCGCCCCGAGUAAAGGCCUGAGUAAUGAACCUGGACAGAACAGCUGCUUUUUAAACAGCGCCCUGCAGGUUCUGUGGCAUCUGGAUAUCUUCCGUAGAAGUUUCCGCCAGCUGACCACUCACAAGUGUAUGGAAGACUCUUGCAUCUUCUGUGCCCUCAAGAGUAUCUUUGCCCAGUUCCAGUUCAGCAGUGAGCGUGUGUUACCGUCGGACGUGUUGCGGAGUGCGCUGGCCAAGACCUUCCAGGACGAACAGCGUUUCCAGCUGGGGAUCAUGGACGACGCAGCAGAAUGCUUCGAGAACCUACUGAUGCGUAUCCAUUUCCACAUCAGCGCCGAGACCAGGGAGGACAUCUGUACAGCCAAACACUGUAUACCACACCAGAAGUUUGCCAUGACGCUGUUCGAACAGUGUGUGUGUAAUAUUUGUGGAGCCACGUCGGACCCCCUCCCCUUCAUUCAGAUGGUUCACUAUAUCUCUACCACGUCCCUCUGUAACCAGGCGGUGAGGAUGUUAGAGUGUAGAGAGAAGCCCACCCCUGACAUGUUUGGAGAGCUGCUCCGCAACGCCAGCAACAUGGGAGACCUACGCAACUGCCCAAGUAACUGUGGGGAGGUGUUGCGUAUCCGCCGUGUGCUGAUGAACUCUCCAGAGAUAGUGUCCAUCGGCCUGGUCUGGGACUCAGACCACUCUGACCUGGCUGAGGACGUCAUUCACAGCCUGGGCACCUGUCUACGCCUGGGGGAUUUGUUCUACCGUGUGACAGAGGAGCGGGCUCGUCAGGCUGAGCUGUACCUGGUUGGUAUGGUGUGUUACUAUGGUAAACACUACUCCACAUUCUUCUUCCAGACUAAGAUACGCAAGUGGAUGUACUUUGACGACGCCCACGUCAAAGAGAUCGGUCCUAAGUGGAAGGACGUGGUGGCGCGGUGUAUAAAGGGUCACUACCAGCCUCUACUGCUGCUCUAUGCUGACCCCCGGGGGACGCCGGUGGUAUCGCAGGACAACCCCUCCUUCUCUAACCCCCAGCUGGACCUGCUGCACUGCAGCAAGGCUGGCUAUGACAGCGAGGACUCUGGGCGGGAGCCCUCCAUAUCCAGUGAUACCCGUACAGAUUCUUCAGACAGCUCCAGCCACCGAGCAUCUCGAAAUCGCCCUCUCCACCAGUCAACAGGCAGCCACCUGUCCAACGAAUCGCAGACCACAGUGGUCGGUAAACAUGACAACGGCACGCCCCUACACAGCGCAGACGCAACAGACUCAGUAACAGAGGCUCCCCCACGCCCCCCCUCCCCUACCCUGCAGCAGGGGGACUAUAAAGAGACAGCUGGGUUCCUCCUCUCCUCUCGUCGUCCCAUGUCGUCAUGCUCUUCCUCCCACCCUUUCUCCUCCUCCUCCUCUUCCUCCCAUCCCCCCUCCUCUACCUGUUCCUAUCCCGUCUCCUCCUCCUCUUCCUCCCGUCCCAUGUCCUCUUCCUCUUCCUCGGGUAUAGGGGGGUCUGUGCUGGGUUCUGAGGCAGGGGCCGUGGGGCCUCACUGGGAGGAUGAGAGCACUAGCAGCGAGUCCAAGUCUAGUUCUUCUGGUGGUCGAUGUUACCGGCCAGCCUGGAGGCCACGGAGGGAGGCCCUGAACAUCGACAGCAUCUUCACCCGCCAGAGAGGCUCUCCGCUGGGCUACAGCACCCUGCCCGGGCCCCGUCUACCUCCAAAGCUCCAUCAACACUGUCCAACUAACACGCCUGAUCUGCAGGGGGCAGGAGAGGUGGCCUGGGGUGUAGCGGGCUUGGGGGGACACACUGGGGGGGUGGCCGGUGUGGCAGGGAUGCCAGGGUUGCUAGGCAAUGGUACGGGCUGCCCCCCUCCUCCUCCCCCGUUGAGAGGGGUGGAGCUUCAGCCCUGUCUGAUCCAGAGGAUGGAGAGUGGUUACGAGAGCAGCGAGAGGAACAGCAGCAGCCCUGACAGGGAGGUAGGUCAGAAGCGUGUGUUGAUGUCUGGUCCGUCGUGGCGCUCGGUGCCCAAGUCCAAGAGCACCAGUGCCAUCCUGCAGGAGCUGCCAGCACCUAGCUGGGGCAGCAACAGCAACCUGGGCGCUGGCCGUAGCGAGCUGGAUGAGCUUCAGGAGGAGGUAGUGAGGAGAGCGAGGCAGCAGGAGCAGCAGAGGAGGAAAGAGGCGGAGAGAGAAGCUGCGGUGGGAUUCAACCCCAGACCCUCCAAAUACAUGGACUUAGACCAGCUGCAACACCAGGGUGAGGGCAGGGAGGGGCGUACGUCACCGCGACUUGAACAGCCUGGCCCGCUCCAAGUACUGCUGACGCCCAAUCAGGAGGGGGAAGAGGUCCGGCCAGCCUACCAGGAUGCAGCCCUGGGCCCUGGCCAGCCCUCUCUCUCCUACAGACCCUCCCCCAUCCUCACCCCUCUCCACUCAUCCCUCCAACCCCCUCCCACCGACAACUCCGCAGCACAGGUUGAGGAGGGGAGAGACAGCCUUUUUAGCGGGGGAGAGGGGAGAGAACGGGUCAGGAGGGAGGAGGAUGUGGGGAUGAGUGAGGUGGGGGGACAGGGACUGAGGAAAGUUGAGGAGGGGGAGCGGUUGAGGAGGGACCCUGAGCCCCCACACAAACAGUCUGACCCUCUGCCCACCCCCCCCUCAUCCCGCAGUCAGCCCCACCCCUCCCCGCCCACCGCCUCUUCUGAUUGGCCCAAUCAAGUUUCCACCUUCAACACCAUCACAAGUCAUUGGUCCUCCUGGAGCUUGGACCGCCCAGAUGCCGUGGUUACGCCAUAUGACACACCUCCAGAUCGCUGCCUCCCCAUUAAGGCACACCUCUCCCACAGAAAAUACAACUCCCAGCCUGCACCUGCACAGCAUGAACCCUGUGACCCUGAGGAGGCAGAGUUAUCAGAGCUGGACUUCCUGUACCGGGCCAGUCUCCAGGCAGGAAGUAGAGGUGGCAGCCCGGCCGGGAGGCUGCAGUGUGGGGUAAGAGGGCCAGCCCGCUCCUUCACUCCCAACACCAACAUGGAGGGGAGUGUGUACCAGACUGACAGCAGCAGCACAAUGGUCCGCAGUCUGAGCGGCACAGUCAUCAACCCGCGUCGCCACCGUCUCGCCGCUGCACGCAGCUUUGUGAGUUUAUCAUACGCAAGCACCACCGGAGGAGAUGCCCAAUGGCGCGGGGAGUUUCUGGUGUCUGACGGGGGUGAAGCUGACUUCAGACCACUUAAGACAGUGGUCUUCAGACCACUGACGUGCCUCCUUAUGCAUCUACGCAACAGGCACCUCCGAGGGCAGCUCGCUGGGGUCCUUACUCUCCACACCGCUACAGGAAACUCGUAG